AUGGCGCGUCUGAACACCCAACCGGUCUCGUCCGACACGGAAACAGACAGCCGCAGACCAUCCAGCUCUCCCAAUGGCACUCGCCAAGCGCCUGCGCGUGGUUCCUCCGAGAGUCCUCCAUCACCUGUACAGUCGUCAGACUCCGACAAAGAAAACCAGCAUCGCCAACGGCAAGUGACGAAUAGAAAAGGCAAGCGCACCAGCACCGCCGCGUCGAUGCCGGAUCGAUCUGCCGAAACCGACCCAAGCCAGCAUACGCCCAAACGGCGGAGAGUGAGCGGCGGGGAAGAUGUAACUCAGACGCAAAAACAAUACUACGACCCAGAACAAAACCCGGAAGAGCGCCGACUUGUGCGCAAAGGGCUGCGGAGUCUUUUCGCCAAACUCCACGACUCCAAGACAGAGUAUUUGCGACCCGAUUCCAAGGGGCUCGAAGAGACGCUCCGCGAGGCCGACGAGCUGUACAAGAAUGUCAAGCAGACCUCGGAAGCGACGAUCGACUCGCGGUUGCUGGUGGAGGCAGCCGACCUGUCCUACCGAAAGAUCAACAACCUCACUCUUGGCGACGGCAGUACGGGCAUUGACGUGGACGACUUCGUCACGAAAUGCAUUGGCUUCAUGAGACGUGGCGAUGAGCUGGACGAGUACCAGAGCAGUGGCAAUCACCGAGAGCCACCGAGCACGCAGAGCCAGCGCCGACGACGACAUCUUCAUCAUCAUCACCAUGCUCAUACAGCAGACUUAGAAAUUGAAGGCGAAGACGGAGAUGAAGGCGACACGCUGAACUGGGACCAUCUUGGCCGAAAGGCCUGUUUCCUGUAUAACGCGCGGCCAUGCUUGGCCGGGUUUCUUCUCGGCCCGCUGUCAGUGCAGAAGAAAGUGCGGCAACAGACACAGCGCAAAGCGCGCGAGGCCCGCACAGACGUGACGCAAGUAGUCCGCCCCGUCCAGCUGGGCGACGAAGACCUCGACAAGCAAGAAUCGGCCAACCUGACCGUCGUAUGCACGGAAAUCGCGCGGCUGUUGCAGACCUUUCAAGACACGGGCUUGAAGAACGUGGACAAGGAAGCAGAGGGCUCGGAGGAGCUGGCGGAGGAGCAGGCGCGUGAGAUCCUGCAGCGGCACGGGAUGGCCGACAACGGAUGUGUGCCGCUGUUCAAUUUCUGCGUCAACCCGCGCUCGUUCGGCCAGACGGUCGAGAACCUGUUCUACGUCAGCUUCCUCAUCAAAGAGGGCAAAGUCGGGCUCGACUUUGACAGCCGCGGCCUGCCGACCUUGGGCAUUGCCGCGACCCGGUCGGUCGCCGAGCGGCAAGAGACGCAGAAGAACCAGGCCGUGUUCACGCUGGACUUUGACGUCUGGGAGGAUGUUGUCAAGACCUUUGGCAUUCGGAAAAGUAUCAUUCCUCAUCGCAAAGAUGAAAAGUACGAUGACGGCAUUCUCGACACGGGGUUGAUGGACCAGCAUGACCGCCUUGAUUUUGAUGAUGAUCGUGCCAUUGAUACAGUCACGAGAGAUGAUCGAGAAGACGAGGUGUCCGACGCUUAUUCUUAA